CUAGGAUUAUCACUUUCUGCAAAUGAUACGUUAUCGAAUAAUGAAAUUUAUGGAGUAAUACCUUAUAUUGCACCAGAAAUAUUUAAAGGGUCUACAUUUUCUAAAAAAUCUGAUAUUUAUAGUCUGGGUAUGAUUAUGUGGGAACUUACAACGGGUUGUAAACCUUUUGCUAAUGUUGAACAUGAUCAUAGACUUAUUUAUAAUAUUAUUGAUGGUGUACGACCUGAAAUUACAGAAGAUACACCAGAUCAUUAUGCUAAUGUAAUGAAAAGGUGUUGGGAUUCUGAUCCUAAAAAAAGACCUUCUGCAGGUGAAAUUUCUAAUAUGUGUUUAAAUUGGUAUCGUCAAUCUAAUCAAGCUGCUGAAUUAAAAAGAAAAGAGUUAAUAAAUUCAAAGAAACUUGGUCCCAAGUUUAGUGAAAAGCCUCAUCCAAAAGCUAUUUAUACAAGUAGACCAAUAAGUUCUUACAUUUCAAAAUGCUCAUCUAUAUUUUCUAAAUGUUCAUCUAUCAAUUCUUCAAAUGAUUAUACUUCAAUAGAAGUAGUAUUAGACAUAGACAUUGAAAGUAAAUCCAAAUUACUUGGAACUAAGAGAAAGAUUGAAGAAUUAUUAAAUGACAAUUCUUAUGAAAAUAAUGGUAAAUAUUUUAUUUGAUUAAACGUUAUCAAUAUUUGUUGUCUUAUUUUAUUUAUUUAUUUUUAAAAAAAAGGAAAACCGAAAACACUAAAAUUAGUUCCAGGCUUCCCUCAUUAGAUUUAAGUACUAAAUAGUUCUUAAAAUUUGAUUAUAAAAUAAUAAAUAUAUGUUGGAAAAAAUUAACGGUUAAAAAGGGCUUAAUCAAUAGAUUUGUUUCGUGUAUAAAAUUAAAAUUCAUUUAUACUUUUGUUCAUGAAAAAUGGAGGAUUUUUUAUAGCGUGUUAUGACCGAAAUCGAUCUUGUUAGAUUUUAUAAGAAUCAAAUUGCGCGAUGCUGAUGC